GUUGCAACCUGGCAUCUGACUUCAAGACAUUUCAUUCUUCUUCCUCGGCGCUGCCUGCGAGGUGGCUGCCGUCUGUUUUGCGGCGUCAUGGCUGCCCUUCGGCCUCUGGUGAAGCCCAAGAUCAUCAAAAAGAGGACCAAGGAGUUCAACAGGCAUCAGUCAGACCAAUAUGUGAAAAUUAAGGGAAACUGGCAGAAACCCAGAGGUAUCGACAACAGGGUGCAGAGAAGAGUCAAGGGCCAGAUCCUGAUGCCCAACAUUGGUGACGGGAGUAACAAAAACAAACAAACAAAAAAAUCAAAAACCAAAAACCAAAAACCAAACCAAACCAAACAAAACAAACAAACAAACAAACAACAAAAAAAAAAACCCAAGCACGUGUUGCCUAGCGGCUUCCGGAAGUUUCUGGCCCACAAUGUCAAGGAGCUGGAAGUGCAGCUGAUGUGCAACAAAUCUUACAGUGCUGAGAUUGCUCACAAUGUGUCCUCUAAGAACCGAAAAGCCAUCGUAGAAAGAGCAGCACGCUGGCCAUCAGAGUCACCAAUUCCAACGCCAGGCUACACAGCGAAGAAAAUGAAUAGAUGGCUUGUGUGCCUGUUUUGUGUUUAAAUAAAACCACAAAAAACUGCAAGAAAAAAAGACAUUUCAUUGUCUUUUUAUUAGAUUUUAUAUAUCCUAUCUUAUAAUCUCCCCUUAUUCAUGCCACCACUCUCUGACAGCUCUUGUUUGUGAGCUCUUGUUUUCAAGAGGAAAGCUGAGAGGACAGUCAGAACCUAGCACCUGAUGAGCAUCCUGGGAGUUGGGACUCUUCCAUCAAACCAAACACUAAUAAUGCAUUAAUUCAGUGAUUCUCAGCCCCUGGGUCAAGACCCCUUUGGUGGUCAAAUGACCCUUUCUGAGGGGUCACCUCAAAGAAUACAGAUAUUUACAUUAUGAUUCAUAAAACUAGCAAAAUUAUAGUUAUGAAGCGGCCACAAACACAAAUUUUAUGGUUGAGGUCACCAUAACGUGAGGAUCUGUCUUAAAGGG